GGUCGUUCAUUCGACAUUCGACAAGUAAGAUGGCGGCGAUUAAUGUGAAAGGCGAAACGUUGUCGUAUUUUUACUUGUAAAUAAAGAAAUUGAUCUUCUUGAGCACAAUUAUUCACAAAAAAUAAUCUGAAAAGUUAGUGGCAAGUGGUAACAUUAAUGUGAAUAGUUGCGUAACAUUGUAAUUGAUUAUUUGUGGCUAUUAUAUUCGCUUCUAUACAAAACCGUCGCAACGAGCACUCGAAGAAUCGAGGCCAUAUUUAUGAUGUUAUCUGCCGUGUGAGCGUCCAAUAAAAGCACAUUGAUGAAUGAUUAUUUAAAACGAAGACAAUGGGCAUGUUGACACUUCGAAAAAUAUAAAAAUAAAAUAAUGAAUGAUUCUGCUGAGUGCUUACAAUCGAAUUGAUGGUAAAUAAAGACUCUAAGUGCAUAAAAACUAUGGAUGAGAGUGUGGACAUCUGUUAAAAUAUAAUAUAUUCAAGUGAAACAACACGGAGGUGGUAAUGGAUCCAGUAGGACCAUGGUCAGCAUACGCUCAAUACAAUCGGUUAGCGGGCGUACAAGCUGGUGCUGCAAGUGGGGACUUUCAUCACCAUCUAGCAAGUGGUGGCUCUGGGCUCGGAAGUCAAUCAGUGCCAUCCACAACUAGCCAAUUGUUAUUACAGGCUGCACAUACUACGGCUUCCUUAGCUGGGCAGCUAGGAUCAUCAACUGCUUCGCCUUUUAACCCAGGAGGAUUCUUGUCACCACCAGCUGUAGGAUAUGAUGCAGUAUUCUCGCCACUUUUUCAUCAUGCAAACCCAAAACCGGCACAUUACAGUUCUUCUUUACAAGCACAACAUCGCCAAGUGAUUGCCCAAGCACAAGCUGCAGCUGCAUCAAAACAGACGUCCGUAGAGAGUGAGCUGUCUUCAUUGAGAGAAAAUUAUUCUCACCAGACAUUAGCAACUCAAGGAACAUUUUUUGAUCAAUCUGCAACACCUGGAGGAGCAACAGGAUUAAGUUGGCAAGGGAAUAACCAGCUACCAAGUCCUUUUGGAAUUCUGCCUCAUGAAAGUGUUGUACCUUCGUCUCCAAGCCCAGCGACUACUAAAUCAUCAGCUACAUAUGAAAAUUUUAAUGCCCAUUUUGCGGCAGCACAAACUCUAAACAACCACCUUAAUUCUCAAAUUGCAAGUUCAGCCAAACAAUCUAACAGAUCCGGAUCACCGGCAACGGCAUCAAAACAGCCAACAUCGUCUUCAUCAUCCACCUUCUUUCAAUCUCCUUCAUUUGGAAACCAGAGUGAUAAUUAUAGUUCAAGUAACUCAAAAAGUGGUCAGCUUUCAUCACAGCAGGAUUAUGCUGGAAGUAAGUCUUAUUCAAGUUCUGCAAGCUCUACUGCUCACACCCAACAAUCAUGUAUUGUGUCAACUCCAUCAGUGACCUCUUCCCCAACCCCACCAAGUAAAGAUUAUCGUUCUCCUUCCUCAACUUCUAGACCAUCAGCAUCCAUUUAUAAUUCCCAGUCUCCGAAAAGCUCUGCAACCGAAAAGUCUUCUAGACCUAUUAUUAGUAGCAGUGGUUUUGUAUCACCUACAUCUAAACCACCACAAGUUCAAACUAAAGCCCAAAGUAAAAUAUACCCUGAACUAUCUAAUGAGCAAAGAAAAAGUUGUGAUUCAAAUCCAAGUGAUAAGAUUCAGCCCCAAUCAUCUCCAAUAAGUUACUCAAUAAUGGACGCUCCUGGAAGACUAAACUAUAAUAGUAGUUCUUCUAGCACCAAGUCCAAUAGAAUCGGUGGGUCUCAGUAUUCAUCUUCUCAAAGCUCUAGUUUCAGACAUUAUCAAAGUGGAAAUAAUGUUGAAGCAGAUUAUCAUGUGAGAGCAAAAAGCAGCUCAAGUACAGAUACAGGCUACUCAAGUAGCAGUUCUCAAAAUGGUCCAGAUUGUGGGGUGGUUGUAGCAAGAAAACAAAGUCCGCUUCAGACUGCCCCGCAAACCUCUCCUAUAGGUCAUGGCUCUAGUCCUGCAUAUCCUGUGUACCACAGUCCAAUGAAUUCUAUUAAUUCACCACAGCAGCAUGGAGAUCACUAUUCUAAACUUAAUAGUGCAGCUCCAAGGUCACCUUUAGAUGCCUCCGUUACGAGACCUCCAUCUCAGAAUAGUCAAGUAGCAUACCCUUCAGUUAUAACAAGAGCAUUAGGUAUUGAACAAGGUAAAUCAUUUAGUGAAAAUAGGUUUGAACGUAAUCAAAAUCAGACUUCCAAUCAAAGUUGUUGGGAGUCAGAGAGGCAAGCACCUAGAAAGUUUAGUUCUAGUAAUUUUAGCAAUAGUGCAUCUGAAAGCAAUACUCAUAAUAAUGACAAACCUACACAAGCACAAACUUCAACUGAAAGAAGUAUUACUGUAACUGAGAAACAUUAUUUUGAUAGUAACAAUGUAGCAUUACAAGACCUUUCCAGUUGUCGCGGUGAUCCAAUGAGUAUAGUAAAAAAUCUGCAAAGCUUACAACAGAGCUGUCAAUUACAGGAUGUAAAAACCAGCAAAAACCCACCUCCAGUAUCAAAUUCUACUCCUACAAAAUCUGUAUCAAGGCGAAAAAGCACAGAGAAAUCUUCUCAUCCAAAUAUUAAUGAGCUCUCAAAUGCUGUAAUGGCUGAUUACUUUGCAAAUAGAAUUCCUCCACCAGCUCAUAGUUCUACCACUAAUCAACAACAAAAUGGUACCUAUUUCGACUUUGAAAGGUGGAAUCUACCUCCACCCCCUCCAAAAAUGUUUCCCGGCACAUCUGCUUUUGGUUCUCAAGCUCCUCUACAUGCAACAAAUUUCGCUAACCAACACCAGGCUCUGGCUAUGCAGCAUGGGCAUGCUUUAACCUAUUUUCCACCUUUCCACUUGGGCCCCCAUCCAGAUUUCCAGUCCUCUGUGGAGUUAACACCUCUCUCCUCGUUUAGUGAAACUCCACCUUCGGCUUCCUCGUCAUCAUUUUCUACACCAGAAACUCGUGAAGAGGAACAGCCUAAGGUAGUAGUGCCUAAUAUAGAGGAAGAACUUGGUUUCCUUGCAGAACAACGGGGAAAUACUGCAUCAACGGUAGCACCCACUUCUCAGCAGCAGAGUAUUAACAAUACUGCACAAGACUCGAAAGUUAUGGAAAAAAAAUUCAAUGUUCCGGUCACGGGCCCCGGUUCAGGUUUCAUGGCUUCUUACCUUAAGUUUCUACAAGGCGAAAGAGACACGUCUCCGCCACCGGCCGGCCGAGGCGCUAGGAAAUCCACUUGGUCGCGGUCUAACACCAAUAGCAAUACCAAUACCAAUAAUAAACCAUAUACUCCUAACGAACACAAUAAACCUCAUUGCGAGGGAAACUCGCAACAAAAUUCCAACGGCGCAAUGGCUUCCACGAAUGCAUUGAGCUCAGGUAUGUCAUUGAAUAGUCAAGUUAUGAGUUCGUCUGCAAACAUGAGUGCGAUUGGUUUGUUGGGAUCAAAUCAGUUACAUGGGACGCCGGCGAAUCUUUUAGGUUCAAAGGGAGUAGAUUUGGACGAUCCAAGAUACUACCAUCUCAAAGAUCGGAAAAGAAAAUACGAUGGUACAGAUGAGUCCAGCUACGAUCCAGACGAGGAAGCGAGGCGAUUAAACAAGCCAGUGCUCAACGUCCCCACUACCCCCUUAAACGAUAAAGGGAAAAAAGGUCGUACGACAAAUCCGAUCAUGAGUAAGCCUACGCCUGCGGCCGUGGUGGCGCCUCAGCCGGCCGCGCCUAAGAAGCCAAGAGUGCCCAUACCGCCGCCCGUGGCCGCUCUGCAGCCCACCCCACAGCAGCAAUAUUAUUACCAACAUCAACCCGAGGAAGUUUCGGCACAUGCAGCCGGAUUAGGUUACGGCGUGUAUGGAUCGGACAACGACUCUAAUUCAAACAGGAAAUUGCACCACAUAAAGUCCCAUCAGCAAAUAUCAAGCACGGGCCAAAUUGACAGCAACCGGCCGGUUGAAGAAAUGCCGUAUCAGUCCGGAGAAUUCGUAGCAAUAAAAAGUGAAUUGAAUGAACUUUGGCCUGCUAUAUGGAGAGUAGAUGGCAGGACGUUACUGCAAAAAUAUGAGCCAUUCGAGGAGAAUGGCAAAGUAUUAUACAGAAAUAUUUCAACGUAUGCUGCGUGGAAUCCGGAAAACAAGAAAUUGUAUACUCAAGUCCCUGUUAAAGUUCGAUCACAAUCGCAUUUAGAAACAAUUGUAGAAUUAAUAAGAAGCGAACUUCCACUCGACGAUUGCAAUUUCAUCGAGAAGAGAAUGCUGGAGACCCAAAUGUACCAAGAAAAUUUCGAAGUGUAUAUACAGACUCUCAUCUCACACGCCUUAGAUCCUAAUUUCCUUACUGAAAUAUUCCAAGAAAAAGAUGAGUACUUCCUGUCCAACGUGAAGACCGUGGACGAGGUGACGGACAGCAUGCGCGCGCGCGUGUCGUGCGGCGGGGCGGGGGGCGGGGCGCGCGCGCUGGACGGGGCGGCGGCGACGUGGCCGGGGCUGAGCGUCAGCGCCGCGGCGGGCACCUGCCGCGCCUGCGCCCGCCCCGCAGCCGCCCGCCUGCUGCUGUACGGCCAGCCCUACAACCCCGCCACGCUAGAACCUAUUCAGCCGGACGCGAGACUCGCUUAUGAAAAGGACUUCCUCGUAUGUUCGACGUGUUGCGGUAGAGUGCAGCUUUAUUCCCGAAUAUCGCAUCAGAAGUACCUAAUGUACGCCGAGUGCAGCAAACGAGUAACCGAGAAGAGAAUGCAGAACCCCAAUAACGACACCACGGCCAUACUCAAUGAACUGUUAGCAGACGAAGUCUGGCUAUCGCAGUUGUUCAGAGACGUCCGGCAUUCUUGGGCGGAGGCGGAGUCCUGGGACCGGAAAAUGCGGCAGGCCAUGUCGCGCCAGAUGAUAUAACAUUCGCUCUAGUACCGGAGCCGCCCGGCCAAGUACUGACAAUUUGAGUUAACACACGUGAAUGUGACAAACGGAAGUUUGACCACGCAUGAGCAUUUCCUCCUUUAUUGCAAGUUUCAUCACAAGUUCUUUUAAUUUUACGCUACAUGAAGUAUGAAACGGUGCCAUUUCUGCCGGUGCAAGACUUUCAGUACGUAGUGCAGAAUAAUAUUUUCGGUUUCGUUACUUGUUACCUGCCAGCCGUGCAGAGAAGAGAUAAAUAUUACACGAUUUUAGUUUCUAUGGUCUAUCCCGAUUGCAAAGCAGCAGUCUUAAAAUAUAAUUUUUACAUGGUUGUCAUACUUAAGUUAAGUUAUGAAAAUGCAUAUAUAACAUAUAAAUAUUUUUAAUCAAUUUUGCAUACCUCAAGGGAAACAUUGCAUAGCAGGCCUAAUUUUUUUGUGUAUUCAAUGUCACACAACUUUGUCUGCGUUCCUUUACUAAACUAAACGUUACAGGAUAUCUUUAUGGUUUACUAGGAAUGAUUUAGGGUAUGUAUAGAGUUCACUGUGAAAGUAGCUGCGCUGA